AUGGUGCUCUCCCUAGACGUCUCAUCGCUGUUUACAACUGUCCCAGUUACAGAGACAGUCGACUACAUCUGCGGCUUUUUAGUGACAAAUCAGAUAGAAGUAGGAAGUAAGGAACUAGUACUAAAAUGCACAUUAAAUGUGCAGUUCCUUUUCGACAACCAACUAUAUAAACAAAUAGACAACGUCGCUAUAGGUUCGCGUCUCGGGCCUCUCUUGGCUAACAUCUUCAUGGGCGAGCUGGAUAAAUUUCAACUCACCGAGCAGAUCCACGAGUUAAAACACUACGAUCGAUAUGUCCAUGACGUCUUCGCCAUCGCCCCAACAGAAACUGAUCUAAAUGCGCUUCUAAAUACAGUAGUCACCGGCUAUAAAGCCCACCUCGGGCCCAGACCAAAUUGGGCCUAA